AUGCCCCUCCCGCCCUUAACAUGCCCCUCCCGCCCUUCCCUCAGCCUCGUGCUGCACUGGAAGCUCGACGGGCCGCAAAGCCUAGCCAUGGCGGUCGAGGCGAAGGCGGGGAGCGGUGUAUCGACCAAUAAAGGCUGGUUCGCGAUAGCGUGGAGCAAGACGGGGUACAUGCUCCCUGCCGAUGGUGUUGUGGGUGUUGCGGGAAACGGCCGACCCUCGGCGUACGCGUUAGAAGGCUACAGUCAAACCACAGUUGCGCCCACCUCGAGGUUUAGCCUUGGGAAUGCCGCGCUCGCGUGGGGACCAAGUGGCAUCGUGAUGAGGUUCACGCGGAACGGCACGGACGGGGUGGUUCCAGUGACUUACAGCGGGGCGAAUCAUAUCAUCUGGGCGUUCGGUUCGAGCGGCAGGCCAACCGAUCAUGGCAUGAACAGGGGCGGUAAAGCUGUGGACUUCUCGUGUCUCCCCGCGCCCACCCCCCCUCCUCCUCCCCCCAAGCCAUCCCCCAAACCAUCCCCAAAACCUUCCCCCAAGCCAUCCCCGAAGCCCGCACCCCAGCCUUCCCCCAAGCCCUCCCCCAAGCCGUCCCCUCCGCCAUCUCCUCCCCCGUGCAAGCCCUCUGCGUGCAAGGCAUCGACCCUCCCCGGCUUCACCAGCUCAGUGGACCUCACGGGUAAAGGCUUUGUGCUCCACUGGAAGCGCCAGGGGCGGCAGAGUUUGUCUCUAGCGGUGGAGGCGAAGGCCAGAAGUGGGGCCCACAAGGGCUGGUUCGCCCUGGGCUGGUCCAAAACGGGCUUCAUGUCCCCUGCUGACGUGGUGGUUGGGAACCUCGCCACGUCAGCAUCGCCUCCUGCCAAGUCAGCAGCAGCUGUGGCGGCCUAUGGGAUAACCGGCUAUGCUGCGAGUGCCGUGAAACCGUCAAGAAAGUUUGCCAUUGCACCGACUGGGUUCAGCUCGACAGCAAGGGGUGCAAUCAUGAGGUUUGUGCGCAACAGCACUGAUGGGACCGUGCCUGUGAAGUACAAUGGAGUGAACCGCCUCAUCUGGGCCUUCUCCCCUGAUGGCUCCAAGAUUCUCGCCUACCACAACAAGAACUGGUACGUGCUGUUUGAAGCUACACCCCCUCACUCCCCCGCCUCCAACCACUUGCCAUCGCCCCACUCUCCCCCCACUUUCUCCCCUGAUGGCUCCAAGAUUCUCGCCUACCACAACAAGAACUGGUAG